AUGGAGAGCCGAAAGGACAUGGUUAUGUUUCUGGAUGGGGGUCAGCUUGGCACUCUGGUUGGCAAGAGGGUCUCCAAUUUGUCCGAAGCCGUGGGCAGCCCGCUGCCCGAGCCGCCCGAGAAGAUGGUGCCCCGUGGUUGCCUGAGCCCGCGGGCCGGUCCUCCGGCCGCCCGGGAGCGCGGCGGGGGAGGCCUGGAAGAGGAGCCGGUCGACGGACUAGCAGGCAUCGCUGCGCGGCCGGGCGCCGAGUCGCGGGCCGCCGGGGCCGCAGUGCUCGGCCCCGGACCUCCGGCUGCCUCCGCCGACAGCCUCCCAGGCCAGGGGCAACCCAGCAGCUCGGACACCGAGUCGGAUUUCUAUGAAGAAAUCGAGGUGAGCUGCACCCCGGACUGCGCCACGGGGAACGCCGAGUACCAGCACAGCAAAGGGCCUGGCUCCGAGGCACUGGCCAGCAGUCCCAAUGGCAGCGGCGAGGCUCCCAAAAGCAAUGGCAGCGGUGGCUCCCAGGGCACCUUGGCCUGCAGUGCUAGUGACCAGAUGCGACGGUACCGUACUGCCUUCACCCGGGAGCAGAUUGCACGGCUGGAGAAGGAAUUCUACAGGGAGAACUAUGUAUCCAGGCCUCGGAGAUGUGAGCUGGCGGCUGCUCUAAACCUGCCGGAAACCACAAUCAAGGUGUGGUUCCAGAACCGGCGCAUGAAGGACAAGCGGCAGCGGCUGGCCAUGACUUGGCCGCACCCGGCCGACCCAGCCUUCUACACGUACAUGAUGAGCCACGCGGCGGCCGCGGGCGGCCUGCCCUACCCCUUCCCGUCGCACCUGCCCCUGCCCUACUACUCGCCCGUGGGCUUGGGCGCUGCGUCCGCCGCGUCCGCCGCCGCCUCGCCCUUCAGCGGGCCGCUGCGCCCGCUCGACACCUUCCGCGUGCUUUCUCAGCCCUACCCGCGGCCCGAACUGCUGUGCGCCUUCCGCCACCCGCCGCUCUACCCGGGCCCGGCGCACGGACUGGGCACCGCAGCCGGCGGUCCCUGUUCCUGCCUCGCCUGCCAUGGCGGCCCGGCCAACGGGCUGGCGCCCCGCGCCGGCGCCGCUGCCUCGGACUUCACCUGUGCCUCCACCUCCCGCUCGGACUCCUUCCUCACCUUCGCGCCCUCCGUGCUCAGCAAGGCCUCCUCUGUGGCGCUGGACCAGAGGGAGGAGGUGCCCCUCACGAGAUAA